AUGUGGCCGAGGGACGGUAAUUAUUGGUCAGUUUUAAUCAAUAUUUUAUUACAAAAAUAUUUUUCAAACUUAACCACCACCUGCAUCUUAUGGCCUAAAGAUUUCGACCUAACUUUAGAAACUCACCCUAAUAGCUCUACUGUAAUACUACAAAUCGAUGUCAAAAAUUUAAAUAAAUCCUUUGAUAAGGAUAUUUAUAAUUUCUCUAUAAGAGAGCAGAAAGAUAAUAGCAAUGGUUUGUUUUAUAACGACUUGGUAAAGAAGUUAGUUGGGGCUUUAGAGGAUAGUCAUUGUGAGGGUUUUCUGGCAUUUCAAGAUGAUAUACCACUUUUUGCUGAGGCAUUUCGUUUAGCCAGCGUGUAUUCUAUUUGGCGUUCUACCUAUUCUAGAUUCUUAUUUGCUUUUACAAAAGAUCAGCAAAAGGAGGAUUAUUUCGAAGACCUAUUGUUUAAAAAACAACCAUCUAUUUUGUUUAUCGAAGCAAAAAGUCUUAACUCUUCUACUUUUAAUAUUAAGACCAAUAAGUUUGUAGGCUUGAAAUCGCAACAUCCUGAGGAAUUGAUUUUUCUAUCUGAAUUCAAUGCUUUGACUGGAACUUUCCAGCCUGACAUGGAUUUAUUUUCAUCACAAAAACUCCAAAAUCUUCAAGGUCGGGAAGUUGUAAUGGGUGUAUUUGAUUACCGUCCUUUUGUGGCUGUAGACUUCGAACGUUCGCCUCUGUACUAUGAUUAUGCAGCAGAUAAUCCCUCACAUUUGGUGCAUGUAGAUGGUACGGAAGUGCGUAUUUGUCACGAAUUUUGUGAGUGGUAUAAUUGUACUGUGCAAUUCGAUACAUCUGAGAAAGGUGAAUGGGGCACUUCAUAUGCCAAUUACAGUGGUUAUGGUUUGAUUGGUAUGAUUAUGGAUGAUCAUUCAUAUGGCUGUGGGUGCCAGUAUUUCUGGUACACCGACUAUGUUGCCGUUGACCUUAGCACAUUCAUAGGACGCUCCGGUGUUACUUGCUUAGUGCCGGCACCCACUCGACUCACCAGCUGGUCUUUACCUCUCAAACCCUUUCAUCUUACUCUUUGGUUUGGUGUUUUUGCUUGUUUAUUGUUAGAAACUUUGGCUCUUUUAACAGCUCGUCGAUUUGAGUUGACUGUUAUCGACAACGAAGCGAACAAUUGGUGGUCAUGUAUACAAUUUGGUUAUAUAACCUCAUUGAAACUAUUUAUCUCUCAAGGUUCCGACUACAUUGUUAAUUCGCAUACAGUGCGUACGGUUUUGUUUGCUUGUUAUAUGAUAGAUAUUAUAAUUACUAGCAUUUACGGAGGAGGUUUGGCUGCUACGCUUACAGUACCCACAUUGGGUGAGGCUCCGGAUUCUGUAGAGAGAAUGUAUGCCCAAGGUAUACCCUGGACAGCUACUUCUUCUAUGUGGGUGGCUUCUAUAAAGAAUGAUAAUAAUACUGUCUACCACAGCCUGUACAAAAAUUUUGUUGUUUAUAGUAUGGACGAAAUGCGUGCCAAAGCUCAAACUGAAUAUAUGGGUUUUAUAUUGGAACGUCCUUUUGGCCACUUUGGCAAUGGUGACUUUAUUACGCCUGAAUCUUUGGAACGCCUUAAGCUUAUGGUGGAUGAUAUUUACAAUAAUUUUGCAGUGGCCAUGGUGUCACGCUUAUGGGCUCAUUUACCUAAGUAUAAUGAUUUUAUUUUGGCCUGGCAUUCUGCUGGUUUAGAUAAGUUCUGGGAAUGGAAAAUAGCAGCCGAGUAUAUGAAUAUCCAAGAACAGAAUCAGAUACAGGCCUCUAUGUACACUAAUAUGGAUAUGGGACCCAUUAAAUUGGAUAUGAAAAAUUUUGCUGGUUUGGCGAUUAUAUGGAUUAUGGGCAUGGUUUUGAGUGUAAUGGUUUUUAUAGCAGAAAUUGUGUGGCAUAAGUUAGGGCGCCGGUUAAAAAUUAAGCCUUUAAGGGCUGAAUGA